AACCUUAAACCUACUAUGUAAAAACCGAACAUAUGUAAAUUGACUGAUUGUCAUAUGUGUAAUUUCUUCUAAUAAAAAUAGGAAUAUUGUAGUUAGUUGUGAUAAGACUAAUGUGUAAUAAGUUAUUUUGAUAAGACUUUGUUGUAUCGUUGAUAUAAUAUAAAAUACUGCGUUUAACGAUGAUUAGGUGGAGACACAUUUACGGCACUGCUUUAAGAAGUUAUCAAAGCAUUUGUGAAUCGAAUGUGAAACAGUUAUCCAGUUGCACAAUGGGUGAUAAAUUCAAACUUCCAUCGCGCUACGGAGCCGGAGAGAAAAGCGUUUGGGUGGAAUACAUACAGCUAGCCAUGGAUUACAAACCAGCUGUGAACCUUGGCCAAGGUUUCCCUGACUACCCGCCACCGGAACAUGUCACCAAGUCACUUGCUGAGAUUGCUGUUGGAGAUAACUGCUUACUAAAUCAAUAUACAAGAGGAUUUGGUCACCCAAGACUUGUGCAGAAUUUAUCAAAGGUGUACUCGCCGUUAAUUAAUAGACAAUUAGAUCCACUAAAUGAGAUCCUAGUCACGAGUGGAGCUUAUGAAGCACUCUUCUCCUCUAUAUUAGGUCACGUAGAUGUUGGUGAUGAAGUGAUCGUCAUUGAACCAUUCUUCGACUGCUAUGACUUCAUGAUCAAAUCAGCGGGUGGAGUACCUAAGUUUAUUGCCUUGAAACCAAAAUGUUCAGAAGGUGUUCAAACUUCAGCCAACUGGGUGCUAGAUGAGAAUGAGCUCAAGUCGUUGUUCACAAAUAAAACCAAGAUGUUGAUACUUAACACCCCCCACAAUCCCCUGGGCAAGGUGUUCACCGCUCAAGAACUGCAGACCAUAGCGGACCUCUGCAUCAAACACGACGUCCUGUGUCUCUCCGAUGAAGUCUACGAGUGGAUGGUUUAUGAACCAAAUAAACAUAUCAGGAUAGCGACGUUACCGGGCAUGUGGGAUAGGACGAUCACGGUGGGCUCGGCCGGGAAGACGUUCUCGGUGACCGGUUGGAAGAUCGGCUGGGCGUACGCACCCGCAGAUCUCAUGCGCAACCUGCAGGUGGUGCACCAGAACUGUGUCUACACGUGCUGUACACCAGUGCAGGAAGCGGUUGCUCGCGCGUUCGAAUACGAGCUAGGCCGUCGCGACUCCCCGGAUUGUUUCUUCGUGUCGCUGGCGCGGGAGUUGACCGCCAAGCGCGACUACCUGUCCAAGAUGCUCCAGGAGAACGGGUUCAACCCCACCGUGCCCGAAGGGGGGUACUUCAUCGUUGCUGAUUGGACGAAACUGAAGGACAAGAUCGAUCUGUCGUCGGAGCCGGACCAGUACCGCGAUUACAAGUUCACAAAGAAGUUCGCGAAAGAGACCGGCGUGCUGACCAUCCCGCCGUCGGCGUUCUACUCGCAGCCGCACAAACAUCUGGGCGAGGACUUCGCCAGGUUCUGUUUCAUUAAGAAAGACGAGAAUUUAGCGCUGUGCGAGAAACUACUCAAAGAAUGGAACGCAAAGAAGAAGUAAUACUAUAUUUUUAUAUGUAUAUAACCUAUAAAUACUCGUACCUACCAACUAAUUGGAACAUUAGGCGGCCUAGAAAAAUAUUAUCUUUUUUAAUUGGAAUUGUGCAAUUUAAUUGCACUUAUUUUUGCCGAAGUUUAUGUUGGGGAUAAAUAAAACACGAAACAUGUAAAAUAUAAAUUGUAUAUUGUGUAUAUAAGUAAAUAUAAAAGAAAUGUUAUCAAA